UACUUUUAAAGUGUGUUGGUAAGCUGAGAUAAAUCGGGGGGAAAAAAAGCCUUAUUUCAGUUGAUCAUUCUGUAUUUCAGUAUGCGGAGUAAAACUAUGGAACAGUAUCAAUGUGGAGAUAAAACAAUGCUCAAGUGUGACUACAUUCAAGAAAAGAUAUAAAGAAUCUCUUUUCAUGAGGUAUAAGGAUGAUGAAUUGCAUUAACAAUCUAUAUGCAUGCCUUCUAAGGAGAAGCGUCCGUUUGUGAUCCUGUAUGGUUCUCAGAAGGGCCAAGCUCAAUCCAUAGCAGAGGGGAUCGCUGAGGAGGCAGAGCAGCACGGACUGGUCGCUAAUCUCAGCUGCUUGGACCAAAAUGAGGAGUACAAUUUGGAGAAGGAGAGGGCCCCAGUGGUGUUUAUCGUGUCUACCACUGGAGAUGGGGAACCACCAGACAAUACACUCCAAUUUGUAAAGCGCAUCAAGAGGAAGACCCUCUCCCCCGACCACUAUAAACACCUUUGCUAUGCACUUUUAGCUUUAGGAGACACAAAUUAUGUAAAUUUCUGCAAUUGCGGGAAGACAAUUGAACGUCGUUUAAAAGAACUUGGAGCCACACAGUUUUAUCCUACGGGAUAUGCAGAUGACGGUGUAGGGUUGGAGGUGGUUGUGGACCCCUGGCUUGAAGGACUGUGGAAAGCCAUCAAAGAGGCCUCAUCAAAAAUGGCUUCCGAUAGUACUGCUCGCCUGAAAGAGAAUGCAGACGAUUCAGCCAAAGUAAUUCCUGAUUCACCUGUACCUGAUGUCCAGUUAAGGCUCUUAAGCAUCACUGACCCCCAGAACUGUGACUCAGUCGAAACGACUGUAAACAAGGACUCUAAACAUGCAACUCUGGCUCCAUCUUCUCCUCCUGCCAGUUCUAAUCUCAGGCCAGGUUCUACUGUAGGGAGCACUGGGCUGGCAUCUCAGUCUCUUAGUACUGCCAGUGUUUCAGCACCAGAAACACGGAUCGGGGAUGACGGAGUCCCCCGUGUUGCACUGGCAGCCUGCCUGACAUGCUCUCUGCCACCGCUGUCUGAGUCCUCACUCAAUGUUCCUGCUUUGCCUCCUCCCUACUUAGAUGUUACCUUUCAGGAUGUGGACACACCAGAACAGAAUGUUGGACCUUUAAACAAAGAGACUCUACAUGAGGUGCUCAUAUCGAAGGCGGUUCAGCUCAGCAGAGGAGACUCAGUCAAGACUGCUCUUUUACUAGAGCUGGACAUUUUGACUUCCCCGACACUGACCUAUCAGCCUGGGGAUUCUUUUGAUGUGUUCUGCCCAAACAGGGCAGCAGAAGUGGACAGCGUGCUAUGCAGACUGGGCCUUCAGGAGCAAAGGGACCACCAUGUCCAUGUUGCUCUAAGAAAGGACACAAAGAAAAAAGGUGCCCAGGUGCCAUCACACAUCCCCCACAACAGUUCUCUGUUGUUCCUGUUAACACGGUGUCUGGAGAUCAGAAGCGUUCCUAAGAAGGUGUUUCUGCGGGCGCUGGUGGAGUAUACGGCCGACGGCGCACAGAAGAGGAGACUGCAGGAGCUCUGCAGUAAACAAGGUGCUGCAGACUACAACCUUUAUGUGCGGGAUCCAAGCCUUACCAUUUUGGAGCUUCUCACUGCCUUCCCGUCCUGCACACCUCCUCUCAGCCUCCUUAUCGAGCAUUUGCCAAAACUGCAGCCCAGGCCUUAUUCAGCAGCCAGCUCCUGUCUCAGGCACCCAGGAAAGCUGCAUUUUGUCUUCAAUGUGGUAGAAUUCCCAGCAUGCUCUGGGAGGCCUUCAGGGAAGCGAGGCUUGUGCACCGGCUGGCUGUUUGACCUCAUCAAUCCUCAUUUGGUUUUCCCGGACAAGGCUGAAUCCUCCAACAGCCUUCCUCUUCCAAAGAUCCAUGUGAGUCUGAGACCCAGCUGCUCUUUCCGGCCUCCGUCUGACCUGUCUGUGCCCUUUAUAAUGGUCGGACCUGGCACUGGGGUUGCUCCUUUCAUUGGCUUCCUUCAACAAAGAGAGGCGGAGAGAAAGAAAAACACGGAGGCUGUGUGUGGCGAGACCUGGCUGUUCUUUGGUUGUCGCCACAGAGACGGAGACUACCUGUUCAGGGAGGAGCUGGAAGGCUUUGUGUCUAGUGGCACCCUGAGCCACCUCAAAGUGUGCUUCUCCAGAGAUGUCAGGGGGGACGAGGAGGCCGUCGGCUCAGCGGCCGCCCCCAGAUACGUCCAGCACAAUCUGCUGCGUUGGAGCCAACAGGUCACUGACGUCCUGCUCAGACAGAACGGCUAUCUCUACGUCUGCGGAGAUGCUAAGAACAUGGCCAAAGACGUGAAUGACACCCUCGUGGAGAUGAUUAAAGCCGAGCUUCAGGUGGAUCAGCUGGAGGCCAUGAAGAAGCUGGCAGGGCUUAGAGAAGAGAAACGCUACGUACAGGAUGUCUGGGGGUGACAGCAGGUGAUGAGACGAGGCCCUUUUGCGUCAUCUGCUGGACUUUUACAAAUUCAAAAAAAAAAACGCCAACAAAAGUCAGUCUGCUCAGCUGUAACCUUCACAGCCUUUAAGUUUGUAGAAGCCUGGAGGUAGUUUACACCUUCAGUGUUGUCAGAUGGAAUGACCCGGGCUGACCUGCGGCUGACGGUUCACUACACCUACAACAGUUAUGACCUUGGUCAGGCCACCCGAGCUGAAGAUUGUUCCUGCAGUGCGAAAAGGCUUUUAGUGUUGACAGAACUCUCUCGUUUGUCCCGUGUUAGGAAAAGCUUUUACUUGUCGGCCUUGAUGGAGUGACUUUGAGAGUUAGAAUGGAGUAGUGCUCCAACCGAGAUGGAAACGCCACAUCGUUUUGCAGCUCAUAAACGGGAUACAAGCAGGAAAUGAUUUAUUGCCACACGGAGGAAAUGAAUAAUGUUUCCUUAAAUUGUGUUUGUUUUUCGAAAAUGCGUCAAACCACCUCUGUAAAUGCACCAGACUUUACCUUCAUUUUUUUGUUUUUUUAGGUUAUUGACAGACCUUUAAAAACUACCAGCCAAAAUAUUAAGAAUGAUUUUCAGACAUUUCCAUGAUAUGUUACUACAUAACAUUUGUAAUUUCCUACACUUGUUAAUAUAGAAGACUAUUACUUUGUCCGGGAAUAGAUCCUCAAUGUGUCACUGUGAUGGACUUUCAUCUAACAUCAGCUGGGAUAGGCUCCAACCCCCGAACACUCUGUACUUUAACAAUUGAUCAGUCAACUAAAGCUUAAAUAAUGGGACUGAUGCAGACUCAAAUCUAGAGAAUAUAAGUAACAGCUUAAAAAGUGUCUCCAUUCCAAAAUGUUACCUUGUUCAACUUCUUAUCAUAUUUUUACCAAGAAAGCGGUGGAUAUUCAUUUUUUUAUGCCGUUCAGUGUUCAUUCAGAGUUUCAUGAUGUUAUUUUAAGCCCCAUGGGAGCAGGUUUUUAUGCUUAAAUCGUUCUCAUUCUGUACAUUGUUGCAGCACCUCUCAUUUUCUGCCUUUUUAAAAGCUUGGUUUUAGGUUGGAUUCCUUUAAGACACCUCAUGAUUGGUCAGCUGAUGGCUCAUGUAUGGCGGGGUGCAGAGCAGCUGCUCCUUCUUUAUUUUAGCCGUGUCAAACAAAGAUUAUGAGAAACUACUUCAUGGUGAUGUGAAUAAGAAAAAGCCUGAAUUACAACAAAGACGUUUCAGUCGGUACAUUUAUAGGUACAGCUAAGGCAAGGUACAGUUGAAAAAGUUGAAAAAUAAAACCCUUUUUUCAAGAAAACAUUUAGCUAGUCAAGAAAAUGUCUCCCCCCUGACUUGCAGUGAUAUUUCUGCUCGAAGAACAAUACAACUAGAUUUAGGGAUGUUAGGGUUAUUCCAGCUGUGCUGUUUUGCAGUGUACCUGUUGAAGCUGAACUUUUUAUCAGACAACUGUCCUUGUCCCAGGAGAUGAGCUGAGAUGAGAUGAGAUGUUUAUUGAAGCGUGUGUGUCUCCUACAACAGGUGUUAUAUUCUCAUUAAGCUUCUUUGUUAGUUUUUGUUGAUGAAAAUAUUAGCUGGAAGCCAGUUGAUACCAAGCCGAGCUGUUGGACAGAUUUACAUAAUUUAAGGCUUCUAUUUAGUUUUUCUUUUGUGUGUGCCCCCACCUUUUUUUUUUUUUUUGAAAUGAUACUUUUUAACCACCUUCUUUUAUUUAUGGAUCAAAGCCUGGAAAUGCUGGUUUUAAGAAAAGCUUCUCGGUUCCUAACUAUCUUACCUCAGGUCAUAUUCACUUUGCUACUGUACAAUUUCUGUAAGACAAACAUACUGAUAAAUUCAUUUUAAAGAUGCUGUUUCUGUUAAACAAACUCAAUAAUUCAGUUUUCUUGUAAUAUCAUGCAAACUCAAUGAUUAUCUAGAAUUCUUGGAGGUUCACAGUGUGAUGCCACUGUGUUUCACUGUGCUGGGACGCUGGCUCAGCGACAAAUAAAGCUCUAAUCUGUGUUUUUCAACAUCUUUUAAAAUGGACAGAAAACUUUAUGUCUGCCACUUUUUCUGUAAGCCAUGCAGCCUUUAAAAUCAGUAAUGUAACAUGUUUCAACCCUUUCCUGUGAUAGAUUUCCAACAGUUAAAAAUCCUUGGGAUAAUGAGCAAGCAGGCCUACCAUAAACAAUUUACCUCUCUGACUUUGUGCACCCACAGUACGGAAACAAGAAGCACUGCCGAAAAGCUGCAGUGCAAUCUCUCAAAUUGUAAUUAAACCAAACAAAUGUGUGCUUUGUGUGAUGAGGAAUUAA